AUGUCAGAUUCCAACGCAACCGACUUCAUCAACCCCUCUACCUUCAUCCUGUUGGGCAUUUCUGGCCUGGAGGAGGUCCAUGUCUGGAUCGCCAUUCCCUUCUGUAUCAUGUACGUCAUCGCCAUCGUGGGGAACUUCACCAUCCUGUUCAUUGUGAAAACAGAGCCCAGCCUCCAUGAGCCCAUGUUCUAUUUCCUCUGCAUGCUGGCUGUCACCGACCUGGUCCUGUCUAUGUCCACCCUGCCCAAAAUGCUGGCGAUCUUCUGGUUCAAUUCCAGGGAGAUCGAUUUCAAUGCCUGCCUCACCCAGAUGUUCUUCAUUCACCUCUUCACAGCGAUCGAGUCUGGGAUUUUGGCAGCAAUGGCUUUUGAUCGCUACGUGGCCAUCUGCCAUCCCCUGAGACAUUCCACCAUCCUGACAAACCCUUUGGUGGCCAAGAUUGGCCUGGCCGUGGUGCUGCGCAGUGGCAUAGAGUCACUGGCCUAUCCCUUCCUGACGAGGCGAUGGCCAUAUUGCAGCUCCGUCAGCAUCAAUGCACCGUACUGUGUGCACAUCGCUGUGGUGAAGCUGGCCUGUGCCGACACCAGCAUCAGUAGUUACUAUGGGCUCUUCGGGCUGUUCUGUGUGAUGGGUCUGGAUGUGGUGUUUAUUGCCAUCUCCUACAUGCAGAUCCUCAGGGCCAUCUUCAGACUCCCCACAAAGGAGGCCCGACUCAAGACUUUUUGGACUUGUGGCUCCCACCUCUGUGUGAUCAUAAUCUUUUAUAUGCCCAGUGUCUUCUCCUCCCUCAUGUACCGUUUUGGGCAGAAUUUUCCGCAGCACGUCCAUGUUCUCCUUGGCAGCAUGUACGUCCUGCUGCCCCCUGUGCUGAACCCCAUCAUCUACGGGGUGAAGACCAAACAAAUACGGGGCCAGCUGCUCGGGCUCAUUACCCAGAAAUAG